AUGCCUUGGCCGUCGGAACGUGUACUUGAUCUGCUUACCCAAAAAGCAUCUGGUUCCUUCAUUUUUGCUUCUACGUUCAUCAAAUUCGUUAGUGAAGCAGGGGGCAUGGCACAUCAGAGACUCCUAACAGCCUUGAAAUCGCAUCAAGGCCUUGACCCUCUAUAUACUCAGGUGUUCUCGCACGCUACUCACCCUGAUAAUGCGCGUGGAGACGUGGUCGACCUCAUGCAUGUUGUCGGGGCUAUCUUGACUAUCGCACAUCCAUUACCCCUAUCUAAUCUCGCUUUCUUGUUUCAAGUGGAAUUACCGGACUUUAUGCGAAUACUCCUUCGUAUUCAAUCCGUGUUGCUAAUACCCGAUGACGAUCGCGAGCCUGUUUACUUGCUUCAUACUUCGUUACGCGACUACAUGACAACUCAAUCUCGUUCGGGUGUCUUUUUCAUUGACCUUACUGCACAUCAUGUUUUAAUUGCUUUAAAAUUCUUGAGACUCUUUCUCAGGGACCUACAGCACCUUUACGAGUACAAGCCUCAAGGGUAUACCCGUAUGCAACGUCGUCAAAUCGUUCAGCCAGUCUCUCCGGGUUUCCUCGUGAUGCACUACGUCCUUGGCUAG